UACAAAUUGUUUUCAACGCUAGUUAAUUUAUACAUGUACCAGUAAAUUACAAAGAUCGGGCCCUGUAUCGAUCAUCUCAAGUAUUUUGUUUUAAAUCUCGACGGGGACAUGGCUGGCAGUACAGGCAUAAGCAACAAUUAUGAGGUACUUGGGAACUUCUCGAUUGGGGAAGACGAGAGAUAUCGAAACGAUUUGAGUCAACGUCGCUUCUUCGUCAAACCUGACGAUGACAAGCCUAAUUUCGACCUCGUUCAUGGGCUUAGAGAAUACACUGAUAGAAAGCCAUCUGGUGUUGUACCGAUGUCGUUGAGCCCAGUUCUUGACUGGCUUUGUGAUCAUCGAGAUGAGCUCAUCGAAAAGAAGAUUUUGGAAUCAGAAGGAUCAUCUAGAAAGCUCGACAUUGAUUUUGUAGGUCGUAGAGGAUCUUUCUGUCGUCUUCUUCGUGCGGCGGAGAGCCUUGAAAAGGUUGAAAUCCUUGUAACACUCUGUAAGGGAACCUACUAUAUUGAGAACGUCAAGGAGAUGUUUACGGAAUCUGCGCAGCGAAUGGAGAUUGGAUUUGGCGGCAAGAAGUUUGCUCAGUGCAUCACAAGUCCUGAUGGGAGCAAGCCAGACCUCGACGAACCAGUGAGUGCAUACGCCGAGUAUGUAGCGGUGAUGAAGAAACAGUAUGGCAAUCACCGUAUCAUUCUCAGCACCGAAGUCCAGGCAGAACGAAAGGACUCGACUAAGGCACCUCCAGAAAACUAUGUCUGCAUCAAAACCAGAAAGCAUGAUCUCGAAGGGAAACCCCUGGCAAAUUUCAACAGGUACAAGACGUUACAAUGGUGGUCGCAGGCCUACAUGACUGGCGUCCCUGAAGUGAUAUGUGGUAGGAGAGAUGAUAGAAGGCAUAUCAUAACAUCAGUCGAGACCAUGAAGACCAAUGAGCUGUCUUUGAAAUCAAUGGGGUUUUGGGACCCCAUGCUGUGUCAGAAGAAGUUUGAGUCUUAUCUCUCAGAAAUCAAGCAACUGGUUAAAAAAGAUGAUCCACGUGCCGUGUAUCGUCUUCAGUUGCCUGAGAUCGAGGGGGGACGAGGUUUGAAGGACAAACUACGAUCCAGAAGAUUCCUUCUUCUUGGACGAAAAGAAGAUGAUUACGUCAUCCUUCCAGAUCGAUAUCUUAAAGAUGUCUUGGACCUGAAGGAGUACUAGUAGACAAAACAAAAUGGCCGCCGUCAUGUCUAUAGCCAUGGUCAGUGUUACAAACGACUGACCAAUGCUCGACAUAUAUAUUUCAUGUGCCAUUAUUAUGUGCGACAUCAGAAAAAACUAGAGUAAAUAGUGUUAAUGAUAAUUAUAAGAAUGGUAAUAAUAUUGACUUGUAUUUCCUGAUGCACAGACAAAAUCAAUUAGAAAUAGAGGGUUAGUUGUUAGGUCUUAUACAAUAAUUGUAUAUGUUUUAGGAAGGUAUAUGUGCUGAAUAAUUUUAAUAUCAAUAUAGAGGAAUAAAGCCGCAGAAUCUCUUUUUUUGAGCAACUUUAUAUGCUUGGUUUUAUGGGGAUAUCAAUAAUCUACUUUACUUAUAUUUUUAUAUAAACUAUUGACUUUAUGAAAUGUUAGGAAAACUAUGCUCUUCGCUUCAUUUGUUUUUAUAGUAAUGAUUUUAUCGCUCUUAGAGGGUGUGAAUAUUCCUUUUGUAUAAUAUAUGCAUAGAUCGGUGUAAAUUCACAAGAUAAAGUACAAGUCAUUUGCAUUCUAACAAAAAAUAUAUUUCAUUACUUAUUUCUAUCAGAAAUGGGAGAACAUAAUCUUAACGAAAUGCCUUUUUGUUUUUAAAGCCAAUGCAAAUGCUGAAGUCAAAAUAACCUUUGCGAUUAUUGGAAUAAAUUAUAUUAUUGCGAAGGUUUAUCUAUUACUCGGUCAGUAGCAUGACAAACGACUUAACACAGUGCCAUUAAUACAUUUUAUAAAAUUCAUUGCACAAUUAAUGAAAACAUUUUAUCUUGGACUUGUAUUUAAACCAGAAGAUUUUGUAAAGUAUUGUCUUAAAAGUAAGAAAAAAAAUUUGUUUAAAAAAGGGGGGGGGGGGGAGAAAUGCUAUUGACCAAAAAGGGGGGAAAUCUCAAAAAAAAAUUCUAAAAAAUCAUGGGUCAAAGUGAUUCGAUUGAAUGGACUAUUUGAUCAUAUACAUAAGCGACUGUCAUUGGUAUUUCAAGAAAAAUCGCAAUUUUGUUUUGAAAACCGAACACGUGCGCAAGUCAAUGGGGCUCCGUAACGUAAACAAGUUACGGUCAAAGGCAAUUGUAUUAUUAUAUCUCCAAAACUAAACGUAAAUCCUCCAUAAAGUUUUCAUAUCUCCUUCUAUCAAUCGUAACUUUACAAUUAUUAGUAACGUACGAUCGUUAUUAUGUUACAGAAAGAUACAAUGCCUUUCAAGAAUCAAUUGAUUAAUUGCAAUAAGAUUGGAGAUAAUAGAAUUGUAUGAUUGCCAUUUUAAGUCGCCAAUAAUAUUUAUGUCACAUAUAGCCAUGAUUGCAUAAAGUCCUACAGUGGGUCAUUGGGUCAUCAAAUCAAUGAUAAUACUAUAAAUAUUGUCAUCUUUCGACCGAUUGUCUUGUCACAUAAUUGUUUAGUCCCGUUUACCAAUACCCCCAGUCUUUAUUUGUUUGACUAGUUAUAUCGCGACCUUUUUUUUAUAGCCAAUAUAAUCUCUUUCAUCGUAAUGUUUCUUGUUGCUGUUGUUGUUAAAUUGUGUCUAGACACAGGGUGAAUGUGUUUAUAGCACGUAGAGUAAGGCAAACUAAAAGUCUUAAAUCAUUGUUCAAUACACUAUAAAUGUUUAACGGUUUCAUUUCCAUUUCAGAAAUAGAGCCAUGCUAGCUAAAUGGUA